AUGGAUGAAAACCAGGCUUUUGAUGCGUCUAAAAAUAUGCAAAAUGGCAAAGAUACCAGCAAAAACACUAUUACAUUUAAAAGAAUUAGAGACAUGAUAACCUUUUAUCGCAAAAUACCUAUCAUUUAUUGA